AUGUCGGGCACAGCAUCACCUUCAACCCACCAGUCGCGGCUUCCGGCUGAGAUCCUCGUCGACAUUAUCGAGCUCGCCAUCUUCACGUCGUCUCCCUGCCCGCUGGUGCCUCCGAGCGUCUCGAGGAGCUCUGAAGAGCCGACAUCGCCGUUCGAUCAUCCGCUGCGGGCUGCGUACACGUCAGCAUGGGCCUGGACAGGGCAUUUGCUCCGCGUAUCCAAGCUCUUCUACUCGAUCGCGCGGCCAUUGCUCCUGCAGACGCUGACGCUCGAUACGGACGCGGCCGGUAAAGCGUUCUUCACCGAGCUGGCUGAACGGAACGACCCAAUAGAGACGCUCAAAAGGGUGGAGAAGGCCUGGCUCGGGAAUCUCUCUGCAUUAGAGAGGAACGGCUUGGAUGUAGGACCGAGGUCGCUCAAGCUAAGCGAAGCAGCGUGGUACGAGGAAUGCCCUGGUGGCUUCGUCGUUGGUCACGCUUAUGCUUCGAGGACGAAGCCUACUACAAGGAGAAGCAAGGACCUGGACAGGGGCAGGACAAAGCCGAAGCAGUAUCGCAGCGUGAGCGUGUACUGGGCAGAGGAGCAGCUCAUCGAAGAGGUCAGCGACCCUGACAGGAGCAGCAGCGAUGACGACUCUGCUGAAAGUGACGAAGACGCAGCUUUCGACAUGGACGAGAUUCCGCAAGGAAGAUCCGGCCGUUUUUCCGCUUUGUCUACUCCGGCAGAACCGACUCCCCUGACAGAAGCUAGCAGCAGUAGCGCUCGGCAAUGCUCUCAGGGUGCAGGGUCUGUAGGCGACCCGCGGAUCGACAGGCCGCACGAACCCGCAUGGCAGACCCUGUACUCGCGCCAGCGUCGUCUUUCCCCGGUGCAUUCGCGAGGUCAGCCCGGUCCACUAGCAGCAUCGCUUCCGUCGGCUCGGAUACCACAACCCCUGAUGGCUGCGACCGCAGCCGGGCCAUCAGAAGACGAUCUCGAUCCAUGGGAUAUGCAAGAUGCCCAAGAGCGCUUAGCAGCUCUCGCAACUCAGCCUGUCGACUCCAGUGCAUUGCACCCAGUGGCUGCAGAUGCUCCUCUAGGCGCCGCUACCCAAUCAUCCCCGGAGAUCUCGACGACAGAGGACAUUGCCGCUUCGACGCUAGCAUGGUGCCAAGCCUCGUUGCAGAAACAGCGGCGCGGGCGCGAGAUCUAUGCGUACCACGUGUGUACAGCGACGCUAGAAUCAUGGAUCACGCCGUUGUUCGCCUCGCUGCGCUCUCUGCGACUCAUCACACUGAGCUUCUACCCGGGCCACAUUUUGGACGACGACAAGCUCGAACAUAUGCUGCGGCGCAUCCUGGCGGAGAACGCGAAGCUCGAGAGGUUGCUCAUCCGAAUCGUGCUCGAUGCAGCCAGUGCAGGAAGCAGGAUGCGCCGCUUCGAGCGUACCAAGACCAUCGCGGGCGCGGCAGACAGGAUUGGCGACGAAAGAAUACGCGUCAUGCUCCUCAAUCCCAAAGUCGGAGAGGGCGAACUUGUCGCUCUACCAGAACAUAGACCCGAGGAGCGCGUGGGGACAUUGGAUCCACUCAGUAGAAAGGCAGUCACGCUGACCAAGGAGGCAUGGUGGUCGAGAGUGCUGCAGCAGAAUCACUGCGAGCGGGAGGUUGAAGAUGUCCGAUGCCUCGAGGACGAUGCUAUGAGGCUGGAAAAGGACAGAGAGAUGCGGGAGAGGAGACUCUGGAACUGGAAGAUGUUCUUCCCUCCGCACCAGCAUGGCAACCCGACCCACCUGGUCAACCUCAUCCACCACGCCGAUUCGUGGCCCGACCAUCCCCAUCCGCUCCCCUAA